AUGACCAACGGUAGGGCGGAGAGAAGACGCCUACGUGCGCCCUUGACGACCACUGGAAUAGCAACGGUGCUGGGAGGCCGUCGGCACACUCCGGCAGCAACGUCGUUAGCUGGGAAAGAAAGUCACACCUGCCCCGACGUCGGUCUUCUGCUUCCUCGGUUCACCAGCGGCGACUUGUGGUGGCAUUGGACCGGAGAUAGAGGCAACAACAAAUUUGUGGAGGUGGCUUCGGUGGUUCACGGUCUCAACAGUGGCGGUGCGACGCCAGAAGUGGAGGAAGGAGGUGACGCCGGAGAUGGGAGGUAUAAGGUGGUAGAGAGUUGGUGA